UUAGAAUGUUGAUAUUAUACACUGGACUCGAGGUUAUGUAACCCAAUUUGAACUCAGUGUGAUAUCUAAAGUAAACCAGUACUGUGUGUACACCAUUUCAGACAGAAUUCCCCAGGUAACUUCAGCACGGAUUGCUGAAUGCACACGUUCUUCUGAGUCUGUCUCUUUAAUACUAUGUUGAUCACAGGUUUAAAGGUUAAGCGCUUAUCAUUUCCAGGAGGAUUGUGAAAGAGAGCAUUGAUUGUCCCACAGACCACUUCUCCGGACACUGCUGCACUUUGAGCAUGGAAGAGUCACAGCGUUUGGACAGAUAAUGCCCCUCUGUACGAGCCUCUUGGAGAUGGGGUACCCGAGAAUGAUUUGCUUUGUUCUCCCCUUGUCCACGGUUUUCCUGUUUAUAUACCUGAGUGCCACAAAACUUCCAGAUAUCCAUGUGAACGAGUGCUCUGAGAAUGGGAAACCAUGCGUGGAGAUCCAGAACGAUGUUAAUUUUAAACCGGUAAUAAAGGCGAAAGGACCUCCGUCAGUAGGGGUUCAUGAACAAGAUGACAUUGUAAUAGAAAAUACAAUGAAAAGUUGCAAAAGAGAUGGAUUUCAGAUUGGAAAGAUGCUUAAAUCCUUCCGCGCCAGUGUGACAGAAAACAAUGAAAUUUUACUGGAUGAAUAUCUCAAUGGGUGGAGGGAGCUGAUAAAGUUCAUGGAUUCCAUGGGCACAGUAUUUACCUUCAUUUCCCAUGAAACUAUUACCAAAAUAAACAUCCUUCAGGGGUAUCUAAACGGAGAAAACGGCAAGAGCUACAGGACAAUUUCAUCCAUGGUAAAAUACGAGCUGGAAAAUGAGGUGGUUAACUUCAAAGAACUUCCUAGUAACCGUGUUCCCUCCGGAUGUCGGACUCUCCUACGUAUGCAUAGGGCACUCAAGUGGUUGGAGGACUUCCUCUAUAAGGUUGGCACCAGCCCUGGAAAUCAGAAAACCUCAGAACUCUGUGCUGAUUCAUAUCACAAGACAUUAGCCCACCAUCACAGUUGGUUCAUCCGACAAGUGGCUGAGGUGGCGUUUUUAGCACUCCCUUCCCUCGAGGAAAUGUAUGAAGUGGUUUGUGUAAAGGACCAUAAUGAGGCCAGAGUUGUCCUUUUGACCACAGUAGAUGCCAUUGUUAUAGUGUAUAAUAUCACCCAAGAAAUAUACACAAAUAACAAAAUGCUUGACCUGCCAUGAAUAUUGUGUUUUUGAAGAUAAACACAGACAAAUCACUAUUCUCACGUGGAGCCGAAGAAUUACUAAGGAAAUGUUAUAUCUGAUAUAAGAUAUGUAGUUUCCUAAACAACAUGCUAAUAUUCUUUAUUUAAGAAGAUAACUAAACCAAUUUAAAAUGUAUCAGACAAAGAAUAUCCUUAAUGUUGUGCGUCACUGAUUUUUCCAAAGACAGAGAACAAGCCUUAUUAUUAUUAAUAUUGGCUUGUAAUUAAAAUGAAAGAUCAUACAGCAGGAAUGUGGCUGUCCCAUUAUGUUAUCUCCUAUGUUUGGAUGUCCUUCCCAUUAUCCGUAGUACCAUCAGUUCUUAAGCAUGAAUGUCAUUUUACAUUAUUCAUUCCUCAAUUUAGACUGACUUGUUUCUUCGCCAUCGAGUAAAAUAAACAAAAUACAUUUUAAAACUAA